AGAAAAUUUCAAGAUUUUAGCCGAAAUCUUCAAAAUGGAACGGAAAAUGAGCAUAAUUCUGUUCCUUUUUGGGUUUGUGCCGCCAAUUUCUGGCGGGGUGCCUGUAAAUGCGCAAAAGUAUCAUUUUACGUUGACGACUCAGACGAAUUUAGAGAAAUUGUUCUUUAUGGAAGAGGAACUUAUAUCAAUUUUUACGACUUUUAUGCGCCAGGAAUAUUUCCAUCAUGGAUUACAUGAAGACGAAUCGGAAAGAUUUCUACACAAUGAAGAGGAACCCGUUCAUGUGCAAGAAAUUAUGAAAAAUAAAGAGUUAUUAGAAGAUGCUAAACGAGUUCACCGAAUGCUAAAUUCAAAAUUCAAGCACUACAUCAAACACCCAAUUAAUGUAUACCAUCUUAUGAGCAGAAUGAACCAAUGGUCAGACGCCAUGGAUGUUCUGUUUAAAAGUGAACCAUGUAAAAAAUGGAAUAUGCCCGAGUUAACCAAAACUCUGUUGAAUCUUAAAACUUCUUUGCCAUCAAAGGAGCAUUACGAAAACGUAGCGUAUGACUUGGUUAUACUGAAACACGUCCACAAUAUUCGGGCUGAAGAUUUGUUUGCUGGUAAGAUCGGAAACCAUACCUCACUAGACCCCUUGUCACCAAGAGAUAUCUUUGAGAUAGUCAAAAUAGCUUUCCAUAGAGAAGAUUUCUUCUACGCUGCUACCUGGGCCAAAUAUCUAACUAGCAUGUUUAGUACUUAUGACAUACCCACAGAGACUUAUGGUUUCAGCAUGAAGAAUCUCUUCUCGAUUUUGGCGUCCUCUUAUAAUCAGCUAGGGCAACACAGAGAUGCGUUAUUUGCUGCACAUAUGGUUUUAAAAAUAGAGCCUGAUAGUAAACUAGCUCAAGCCAAUGUGAAAUAUUUUGAACGAAUACCAACUGAUAAUCCCCAGCCUCCUAUGAAGAGAGUCCUACCAGUUGACAAAACUAGAAGAAAAUACGAGGCCCUGUGUAAAGGAGACUUGAAAAAGCCAGCCCAUAUAGCCAAGAAGUAUUACUGUACCUACCAAAAGAUGGAAGGCAAGAUGUUCAUAUACGUCAAAAUGGAAAUUCUGAAUUUUAAACCUCGAAUUCUACAGUUUUAUGACGUCUUUGACUAUGAUACCGCCGAGGCAGUUCGACAUAUUGGCUACAAAUUGAUGAAGAACGUGGCGUAUGGUGGAAAUUUUUUCAGUGAAUCUUCAUAUGUGACGUUGCCACAAGACAAAGCUAGGAAGAAAUGGCUGAAAGAAUUGAAACAGAGCUUGGAAAAUUUACCAUUCGUUUCUACAGCGCCCUACAAAAAGGGUCUAUUGGAUGUUAGAAAUAUAGGUUUAGAAGGUUUAUUCUACGAUAUUCAUGACGUUACAAAUACGGCUGCUCGUCUUACAGGACAUACAUCCUCAAUGUUUGCUUUUUUACGUAAUAUUGAGCUUGGAGGUGAAAUAGUUUUUCCAUACAACAGAGUUCGAGCCACCCCAGUUCGAGGAUCUGUGGUAUUUUUCUAUCCGUCAAGAACAUAUAUGAUGAUUUGUCCCGUAGCUUAUGACACAGAAUGGAUUGCUGUGACGUCAUUUUUUGAGAUGAAAUCAGCAUACCAAUGUCGUGAUACAGACGAACCCUAAAAUGGUGCCAAACUAGAACCUUCUACUGCACUAAUGUUAAACUGUAUUUUAUUGCAACAUGCAAAUUAAGUUUUAUCAGUUUAAAGCUGUCCUGACCUAGAAUAUAUUACUUAAGUAAAGGUUUAGUAUCCUCACUUCCUCAGUUUAAUUUGUGUUCACAUGAUAGCUUUAAUAAUUCCAUUAACACCAACUAGAUAAUUGUACUUUUAAGUGAGUUUUGUUUUAAUCCAUAUUUCCAUUGCACAUAGUUCGUAUAUGUACUUAAAGAAUUUGUUAUACGUAUUAUACUGUACUUGUGUUCAUUUAUAAAUAAUAAUUUUCAUUACGGUCGGGUUUUGCAAGUGCAUGUUUGCGUUAUAGAAAUUAUAUCUAUGUACUUAAUCAUUCAUUUAUUGUACUUAAAAAAGCCUCUUAUUGUAAAUAAAGAAAUUUUAUUAACAUUU